AAAGGAAGAAUAUAUCUUACCAUAUUCUUUUUGCAAUUUCUAUAUACAAGUAGAAUUUAUCAGCAGAAGUCAUAUAUUAAUAAUAUCAAAAUUUUCCUAGAUUCCUUUGUGAUCGAUUGUUACGAUGUAACUUUUCAUACAUUUCUCGUGCCGCAGUUGUCUUGACGGGGAUCGAAGAAGUUAUCAGAAUUGGCAGAAUAAAAAUUACAACGCAAUGCUGCGUUCCGAUCUUCAGAGUCUCGUGGAUCAGUACGAAGAAAUGUGCAACGCAGUUUCUACAUUGCGCGCUUUAAACGUGGAACAACAGCAAUGCAUAGAACUGGAGCGCGAGCAAUCGAAAAAGACAGAAGUAAAACUGAAAAACAUGAUAUGCUGGUUGACAAAGCGCGAAAAUUGCUACAAAGCAUCUUUAGACAAUCUAGAGAAGGAGAAUAAAAACUUGCGACGCAAUUUAGCAGACAUGAAACACGAAUACGAUCAAGUUGAGCUCGCGAACAACGUCAAAGUUUCCAAAUUGCAGGAUGAAAUUGAAUUUUUACGAGUACAAGUAACACAGCUCGGCGAUGAGUACAGGCAACAGUUAAUAGAGCGAGAUAAACAGCAUAAAGACGAAAGUUUUAAAUACAAACACCUCUUAGAGGAUACGACAGCGAGAUCGCUUCAGAAGGCACAAGAUGUAACAAGAAAAAGUAAAAUAGGAAAAAACAAAAUAGAGAAGCAUCCUGCCCUCAUAGAUGAAGAAGAGGAACAGAAAAUACAAAAAUUCCCUGAAUUGGAAGUUAGUAAAAUUACCAAGAAAAGAAGAAAAUUAUUUCAAGAGGACAAUGAUACUGCAAUCGAUAUCAUUCAAAGGCAAUAAUGCUUAUCUUAAGUUACUCUAUAUUUAACUUAAGUCACUCUACAAGAUCUUGAUAUUAUGAUUUAAUUUGAUGACAUUUUCUCCUUGGUUUUGAUAUUAAGGUAAUAUAAUCAUGUGUGUAUAUUGCGUUUCUCUGUAUAAAUAAUGCAUUUUCAUUUUGUAAUGAAUAUUUCAGUUUGUACGUAAUAUUUCGUAGAAGAUAAUAUGAAGUAGAUGUGACUGACAUAUAAUACAUAAUAUACUAGUGAACAUAAGGUUAAUAGACAAUAAAUAAGUGAAAUAAACAUGAA